UGGGGAAGUUACGGAAUAUGGAGGAAGGGGGGAUAGUGGAGGGCUUCAGCACGGAGGAGCUGGAGUGCAAGAUCUGCUACUGCCCAUAUAGCCUAGGCAGCCGGCGCCCUAAGGUCCUCGAGUGCUGUCACCGCCUGUGUGCCAAGUGCCUGGCCAAGAUCUUAGACCUGGGCGAGUCGCCCCCCAACGCUGUGGUGUGCCCGUUUUGCCGCUUCGUCACUAGUUUCCCGGGCGAGGCGGUGGGCAGCCUGCCAGAUGACUGCAACUUGGUGGCGGCGCUGGCCCUCCAGACCCGGAACCAGAGGAACUUGCACUACCACCACGAGGGCCCCACCGAGCUGCUGCUCAGCCCCAGGCAUCUAAACUCGCUCAUGGGCAACCCUCCCAGCGGCUCCCCCUCCUCCUCCACUACCACUACCACCAGCACCACCACCACCCACACCUACUCCUCCAUCCGCGGCUCGCCGAACUACAUGGUCAUCACCAUCAUGGAACCGCCUCCAUCUCCUCAGGACCACCACCCCUACCAGCUUCACUCCCACCCCCCCGGAGUAACCACCAUCCAGGGUAGGGAUUACCACUCCUCCAGCCUGGACUCCAUGGCCUCCAUCACCCAGAGGUGGACGGUGUGGAACUGCGCCGCCCGGGCUCUGGUGUGGGUGUUGGGGCUCCUCUACUUCAGCUCCUUGCCCAUGGGGGUCUACCUGCUCAUCAUGCAGAAGACCACCCUGGGGGUCCUUCUGGUAAGCCUGGUCCCGGCAAGCCUUGUCAUGAUCAUGGUCUACGGCUUCUGCCAGUGCCUCUGUCACGAGUUCUGGGACCUCAUGCCCCGUAGCAGCCAAAGAAUGACCAUCUGAGGAGUUUAAGAACGGGUUGCAGAAAUGUUAAAUUUUUCCGAAUGAGAUCAUUACUACUGACAACGGAAAUUGGCAUCCUGGAUACCAUAGAAUAUUUCAUUGUAUUAUUUUUCUUUCUUUUUUUUACUCAGGCUCAAAUGACUUGGCGGAUUGUAUAUGGGAAGAGAGCACGUACAAGAGACGUACAGUUUAGAUCAAUCUUAAGUUUGGGCAUUUUCAGUUCUAAUCAUUUAUUUAGAUUAUGUAAUUUGUGUAUUGUGUAAACAAAACGGUCCACCAAAUGUCAAACUAUACAUAAAUAAGAAGUCGCAGUAAGUAUCAGGUAUGCUUUUGCAACCACUAUUUUUUAUUUUUUUCAGUUUGAGGUAUUAACAAUAUAACUAUCUGGCCAUAAUUGGCACAGUAGAAAUGUAUACAUUUUGUAUUGAAAUCACUUAGAGGGAGGAACAAUGGUCUAAGCUUUGGCAAGUCAGUGUAAAUAAUAAUUUGUUAUGAAGGAUGUGAAUAAUGAGGAGGACACCAAGAAUAUGAGUUAUUCAUAAUAUAACCUCCACCAUAAAUAUAUGUACUAUCGUCAUACUACCAUCAUCAUUCUGGUGUAUGUGACAAUAAAACAUCAUUCAAAAAUUGUUUUUAAUGAAAAUUGUUUCUCAAAUGUAAAGUUAAUUUUGACUGAUGUAUAUAUAAUCUCCAGAAUGUUUACAGGAUAGUCCACAAUCCAUUCAGAAGGAUGCUUCUUAUUCAGAAUUGGGUGCCAAAGUGCAAUUGACAAAUUGACCAUGGCAGUCAGGGUUGUGAUCAUUAGGGCACGCAACAGAUUUAAAAACAAUUUUGAACACAACAGGUCUUAUUCAUUAGGGCACACCAGGAGCGAAAAUGUUUUGCAAUGGAACAGAAAGUCCCUCCCUGUUUCAGUCAGUUUUCUUCCAGUUGGGGCCUAAUGAACACGGCCCAGGUGUUAUGAAUAACCCCUUUGUUUUAAUCAUCUCAAUAUCUUAAUGAGAUGUGUGCUCAUAUCGAAGGACAAGUGCAAAAUGGAGAUGUAGAUUAGCUAUGCUAUUAACAAAACUAGGUUCACAUAGAUAUCGUUUUUGGAAUGAUUUUGUAACAGCAAAGACUAUCUAUACCCAGCAAGAAAUGUUACCGAUGUCAUUGCAUUUUUUCAAAUAGCAUAACACAUUUUAUGCUUCAUACGCAUUACAUUGCCAAGCUUUCUUCUUUUGUAGUCCUAACGUACAGUUGGGGGAAUUCAAUAGUUAACCUGUAGGGGAGUGGGGUAAGUUGAGACAUUUACAUUCAGCAUCAUUCCAUCAAGGGAAAUAUAGUAUUCUUUUUAAC